AUGGGUCGCAAGAGGGAGAAGCCAGCAUGGGGGAGUUGGAUGCAGGGGAACCGAAUGUUAGUGGUGAAUGGGGAGGAUGAAGUGGAAGUUUGGCGAAACGGUGGUCGUUUGGUUAGAGAUGAUGAGAGGGGUCGUGAAGAUAAGGAAGUUGGAUUGGACAAGAAAGGUGAGAUGAAUGAUCUUGUUAUAAUGAAUAAGGUGGUUAAGAUGAAUGAGUGUGUUGGAAUGAAUGAGGAGGCUAAGGACAAUGAACAGUGA